AUGAAUGCUAUUUCUGAUAACCUUGCCCUAGCUGGCAAACCUGUGGGUGAUGAUGAACUUGUCCAGAUUAUCUUGAACAAUCUUGGACCUGCUUAUGAGAUGACAGUGAACGCUGCUCAGGCACGUGAUACUCCCAUCACGUACCCUACGCUUGAGGCGCUCUUACUGACUACAGAAAGGAGGAUGACUGAGCAAGCUGCUCCCUUUGUGGAGGUUCUUCUAGGUCGUGGUGGACGAUUUCGUGGCAACGGACGAGGAAUAGUUCCAGCUGGACGUGGUGGUGCUGCUGGACGUGGUGGUGUCAAUCCUCGCCCCAAUCCUUAUAAUAACAAUGUGAGACCUAAUUAUGCAAACAAUGGUGAAAGGUUUAAUGGUGCAGGUGAAAGGAUUACAUGCCAGAUUUGUGGGAAACCAGGGCAUCCUGCCCUAGAUUGCUACCAGCGAAUGAAUACUGCGUAUGAAGGAAAGGUCCCAGCCAGGAAACUCACUGCCAUGGCCACCUCUCCUAUUACUCUUAAUCGACAAACCAAUGGGCAGUGGUUACUUGAUACUGGUGCCAAUGCACAUGUCACUCCAGAUCUUCAGAAUUUGGUUAAUCCAAAAGAGUAUAACGGUAAUGAGAAUGUUGGUGGAGUAGGUGGCGGUGGACAGUUUAACUACCCUAUUUCAGUGUGUGUAGGCAUUCGAGUCUCGGCUCAAAAAUGGCAUUCACGUCUUGGUCAUCUUACCUUGUCUACUGUCAAGUUUUUAAUUUCCAAUAAGAAAGUACCAGUUCUUGGUGCUUCCAAUGUAGCGUUUUGUCAGUCAUGUCCCUUAGGAAAGAGUACUAAAUUACCUUUCAGUAUUUCCAAGUCUGUCUCUCAAUUUCCUUUACAAUUGUUGCAUUCUGAUGUUUGGUGUUCUCCAGAACUCACAUCUUCCCUGGACAGCGUUGGAACCACAAGUAGUAAUACUUCCCCUGACUUGUUAUUUACUUUUCCUCUUUUAUCUCCAUCACCCCAAGCCAACCCAUUAUCUCCUAGCCCGCCUUUACAGUCCCUUCAUCAACCAAACACCAUAGCAUAUGAUAUUCCUAAUCCUACUAACCUGCUCUCCACUCCUGCCUUACUUAAUCCUCUAGCCACGGCAAACCCAAUGCCUUUACAAAUCUCUAGGCCUACCAUUUCCUCUUCACAUGAGCAAGAGGCAGUACCAAUUCCUGAACUGAACCAAUCCGUGCCAACUGAUACUCACGGUGCUCCGUCUUCCAAUUCACAGUCAAUCCAACCUCAAAGAAUGACUACUCGUUCACAAUCUGGCAUUCACAAACGUAAUCCUAAAUAUGCAUUGCAUGUUAAUAUUGAUCAUUCUCUCGUUGAACCAACCUGUUAUAGUCAAGCCUUCAAGCAACAUGAGUGGAGGAAUGCCAUGGUUCAAGAGUUCAACGCACUACAGCGUUGUGGUACCUGGAAACUUGUUCCGUAUCAUCCACAAAUGAAUUUGUUGCCUAACAAGUGGGUUUUCAAGCUUAAACAACGUGCGGAUGGCUCAAUAGAAAGGUAUAAGGCGAGGCUUGUUGCCAACGGAUUUCAUCAGAAGCCUGGCAUUGAUUAUACAGAAACCUUUAGUCCUGUGGUGAAGCACAGCACCAUACGACUUGUUCUUAGUCUUGCGGUUUCCAAAUGGUGGCCUAUUAGACAAUUGGAUCAAUAUCCUAAUUAUGUUUGCAAACUACAACGGAGUAUCUAUGGCUUGAAACAAGCUCCUCGUGCUUGGUUUCAUCGGUUCUCAGAAUUUUUGCUUCAAUUGGGAUUUGAAGCGUCCACUUGUGAUUAUAGUUUGUUUGUUUACAAUCACAGAGGAGUUGAAGUACAAUAUAUGAAUGAUCAGAUGCAUUUGAGUCAAGCUAAGUAUGCCUUGGACUUGUUGAAGCGUACCAACUUUUUGGAUGCCAAACCAAUUUCAACUCCAGUUCCUUGCGGCCAGAAAUUGAGUGCUUAUGAUGGUGAGCCACAUGACAGUCCAGACUUGUAUCGGAGUGUAGUUGGCGCGCUACAGUAUCUAACCAUCACCAGACCCGAUCUUUCCUAUGCUGUGAACCAGGUCUGUCAGUUCAUGCACUCUCCAACAACUACGCAUUGGACGACAGUCAAGAGGAUACUUCGCUAUGUUAAAGCCACGUACAAUCAUGGUCUUCUGUACAAACCUGGUCUUUCACAUCUCACGGCCUUUUCCGAUGCUGACUACGCUGGGAAUCCUGACACUCGGCAUUCCACUGGUGGUUUCUGCAUUUACUUCGGCUCCAAUCUUGUGUCAUGGAGUUCUAAGAAACACAAAACGGUGUCUCGCUCGAGUUCCGAAGCUGAGUAUCGGCAGCUGGCUUACACAGCUGCGGAACUGUCAUGGCUAAAGUCUUUUUCCGUGACUUAA